GCCUGUCCAGCAGUAAAAAUGGCGGAGUCGGUGUUGGAAGUUGUGGGCAAGCUGCAGUCGCGACUCUCGGGCAAUUCGGAGCCGAAGAAGCUCCUGAAAAGUCUGAAGAAACUUUCUGAGUUGCCCAUCACGGUCGACAUCCUUGUGGAGACUGGUGUAGGGAAAACUGUGAAUGGUUUACGAAAACAUGAGCUGGUUGGAGACUUUGCCAAGAACCUAGUAGCCAGGUGGAAGAAGCUGGUGCCACCCCCCCAGGAAGUAGAACGGAAUAAUUUAGAUUCUGAAGAGCGUGACUACGAGAGGAAUAGCUCAAGGAAAAGACAGCGAGAACCUUCCCCAAAAGAGGAAGAAGAAGCUGAGCAUGACUAUCCAGAAGCCUUCCAGCCUUCCUGCAGUCAGUCGUAUGGUCCAAACCAUAGAGAGAAGAAGUCCAAAAGGUAUUCUGAGCCUGAGAGAGCCCAUCAAACCAUCAGCUAUGGCAGCCAGGAGGGCAAGAGCUGGGGCAGAGCUUCCCCAGUACACUCCUCGGAUCAGGAGUACUCGGACUAUGGACACGCUGUGUCCCCUGAGCCCAGUGAGAGCCCUCAGGAGCUGUACAUGGAUCAUUAUGCCAGUGAGGAGCACGAGGUGGAGGAGACAGUGUUUCAUCCAAAAGCCAGCAAAGGCCACAGCUUUCAGGACAAAUCAUUGGGGAACCCUGAGAGGAACCUUGGGGAAUCCCACAGCAAAGGGAACUUGAGUCGGAGCAAGGAGCACAAGUCUUCUCACAAAGAGAAGCAGCGCCUUGAUGCCAAGGGGGAGGAGAGGACCUUGACUUUUAGCCCAGACAAACUGCACAAGGCCUCUUUGAAGGAGCAGUUUCGAGAGGCUCCCUCAGCAGGUGGUAGCAAGGAGAAGCAGAGGACCUCAGAUGGGACCAAGAAGGAGAAGAACAGAGAGGGGAGCAGCUCCAGGAAGGAGAAAUCACAGCCACACUUUGAAGAGGCUUUGGACAACCAUGUUAAGAAACAAAAACACCGGGACUCUGAAAAGGCCAAAAUAGAUAAGGCCAAGCCAAACUUGGAGCUAUCCGGUGCGGACCGGGAGAAACGGAAACCUGAGGGUGACUCCUCAAAUAGGAGCAAAGGGAAGGGGCUUUCAAGCAGCUUAAAGACUGCAGAAGGCAAACUCAAAGCCUCAAACUCGGACAAAAAAUCCGUAGGUUUCUCCUCAAGCUUUGGGGAGGCGGAAAUGGAGGAUGAGUUUGAACAGCCUACGAUGUCCUUUGAGUCGUACCUCAGCUACGACCAGCCCCAGAAAAAGAAGAAAAAAGUGGUCAAAUCCUCUGGCUCAGUUCCAGAGAAAGACAGAGGGCACAGCAAACAGAAUGGGUCCAAAGCCAGCACCAAGAGCUCAGACUCGAGCCGAAAGGGCCAGAGUCACAAGCAGGCAAGUGGAAAGAAGUCGGAGAAGAAGCAGUCCGAGGCCUCCAAGCCUCCGAGGAUCCCCAUUGAUGUGGUGCCAACGUUACCAGACAUCCCCUUGCCCCCGAUCCAGGCCAAUUAUCGCCCCCUUCCCUCUCUUGAAUCGAUACCCUGUCCCCAGAUGAAAAGAAAAGCAGUGUCCUCCCCCACUGAGGAGAAUGAGUCCGGGUUUACGGGACGCAGGCUGAAUUCAAAGAUGCAAGUGUAUUCGGGCUCUAAAAGCAGCUACCUCCCAAAAAUGAUGUCUCUGUACGAGCAGUGCAUCAGAGUCCUCAGCAACAACAUCGACUCCAUCUAUGAAGUGGGCGGUGUCCCUUUUACGGUGCUGGAACCAGUAUUGGAGAGGUGCACCCCUGAGCAGCUGUACCGCAUUGAGGAGUGUAACCAUGUCUUAAUUGAGGACACGGAUCAGCUGUGGCAGAAUCACUGCCUCCGGGACUUCAAGAAAGAGAAGCCGGAAGAGUUUGAGUCCUGGCGGGAGAUGUACCUACGGCUCCACGAUGCCCGGGAGCAGCGACUGCUCAUGUUAACGCAGAAUAUCCGCUCAGCACAUGCCAACAAACCCAAAGGCAGGGUGGCCAAGAUGGCAUUCGUCAAUUCAGCAGCAAAGCCCCCUCGGGAUGUGCGGAGAAGACAGGAAAAGUUUGGAACUGGAGCAGCUCUUGUGCCAGAGAAGAUAAAUCCAAAAAUGAGUGAAUACAAAGAACUGGCAUCUACUGAGGGGCGCCUUGAGUCUAAAGCAAGUUCAGAAAGCAUAGACUCGGACAGUCAUUCUCAGAUAAAACCAGUCCUCUACACACCCAGCAAAAGCCAGUCCCACGUGAGUGAGGAGCAGUCAUACGACGGGCCCAGCACCAGCAGCGCCCAUUCCGGUCCAUCCCUGAGCAGCACCUCCUCUGGCUAUGACCCCAGGAAACCCCCAGUGAAGAAAAUUGCACCCAUGAUGGCAAAGACGAUCAAAGCUUUCAAAAACAGGUUCUCUCGGAGAUAAGCUGCCCGGGACAGAGUUGGGAAUCCUUCUGCUGUGGGGGAGUGGCCCUGAAGGGGAAGGGGAGGGAAGGCACCCAAGGAGCCUAGUCAUUCCCUUAAUGACCUCCAUGGAGCUGUUAGAGGCUUACAAACCUGCACAAGAUGACAGCACAGUGUUUUCCAGGCCAGCCCUCUGGUCCCUUCCUCUGCAUUUUCCUGUCCCCCUGUCCUAGCCCUGGUUUGUCCAAAGUCCAGCAUUUGGCAUUUUAAAACGCAUCAGAAAAAUGUGAAAUCUUGGCACCUGCUGCGAAUGGAAAGUCCAGAGACUGAUGUUGCUAUUUAACCUCUCAAAUAAAUGAUAACAUAGUUUUAAUUGCUAUUCCCGCAACUCCCCCCUCACCCAUGCACUCUAAUAUUAUUUAUGAUGUCAUUUCUGAUGUCAUCUUCCCUCUUCCUCCCCUAGAAGGAUGCCCAGCCCAUUUCCCAAAGACAUGACAUCUCUCUUAGUGAACACUGUUACAAAAGGGAGAUUUUCAUCUUGAGUUGUUACCCAUGACAUGUGAAGUCCCACCUGAAAUCUCUGGGGAACAGGCAAUGCUGGAAGCCAGUGCACUCAUCGGCCCUUUGGCAGGAUGCGUUGGUCCUGAGGUUUCAUUCGCUCAUCGUGUAUGUUGAUAUAUCCCAGCGCUCAGACUCUUCUCCUGAUGUUACUGUAGAUUUCUUUGUACAGAUGCUUCUGCCUUUGCAGGGUGGCUGAGGGCUCUUCCAGACCUCUCUGCUGUCUUCUCCUGUUGGUCAUUGGAAAACCAUAAGAAUUCUUUAGGAGAAAACCCAGACUGUGUACAAAAUGACGUUUUAAUCCUUCCUUUCUGAGUUUUUUAGAUUUGGCUCUGCUUCCAGGAGCCAACAUGGUUUUAAAGAUACCAAUAAAGGAACUGGUUGAGUUUCCUUCUAGCAGAAGGAAGUCGCUUUAUCGAGUUCCCCAAGCAUCAGACGGCAUUGGAAAGGACUUGUCUGAUUCUAAACGCUGGCACUUUAAUCUACCCCUUUCCCUGUAAGCUAUUGCUGAGAAAAGCAAUGGUUUUUAGCCUUGUAUUUUAAAAUAAAAUUACUUGAUUGGGAGGAAGGUGACUGUUUUUAGCGCAAACUUCGUAGCUUGAGUUCAGAACACUUGAUUGCGUCCAAUAUUUGGGAAGAAUCAUAGCACUGGAAGGGAAGGGGAAGGUUUUACUUGUCUGAAGAGCCUCUUUGGUGGUAAAGUAAGAAGGGUGACUUUGGAGUGCAGCUCCUCCACGGAGGCGCCCCUGGAUAAAGAUGCUAGAAGGUCCAGGUGAUGCAUUGUGAGUGUGAUUUCAGGAAAACCUAAUGGUCUCACUGUGGUUGUAGCUAUUUCUAACAGUUUAAUGUGAGAGACACUACUGAGAAGUCACUGUAGGUGAUAAAGCCAGGUGAUAAAGCCUUAUUGUGGUAGUCAGUUGAGUGUAAGGACCGAAUCUAUUGUAAAAGCAAAGUAGCUUGAAUGUAUUGCAAGCAUUGUGUUGGACCAGGUAAUUGGCUCUGUGACUGCUUCUAGACACGGGAACUGUCCAGUUCCAAGCCCUGUUUGAAUUGUUCUUGGAUCCAGCUGCUCUAACGGUGACUCUGCAGACAUUCUGUUCUCUUGGUAGGGAAGAAGGUGGUGGUGGUUCAAAGGAUGUGAUCUGUAUUUCUUUUGGUUGGAAAAUACUGGCUAAGUGGACUUGGCUGUAUGCGCUGACCUGGAGAAACUGCUGUGAUGUGUACUCCAUGGAGGGCUUUAGAAAGCUCCCUUUGGUUUUGGUUUCUAUUAGGUAUUUGAGCAUCCCAGAAGCCCCCCCUCUUUUCUUUUUUUUUUAAGGUCUUGGAAAAGUGUUCUCGGACUCUUGUGUGCCGUAAACUCGUUAAAGUCCCCGAUGCUUUAAUGAUGUUACUGUGCAGCAUUUCAAUGUGUGUUGUGCUGUAAAAAAUAAUGCCUUCUUGCUCUUGCAUUUUUGCUGUAUUUAAUUUGCUGUAUUUUUAAUUAGGUAACAAUAUAUAUUCUUCUGCUGACUGUUGUGCUACCAUUUAUUUCUGCUUUUUUUGGGGGGGUGGGCGGGAACAGGAGUCUGUCAUGUCUUGGCCCUGGCGGAGCCGCAGUUAAACCAUGGAUAGGGUCCUGAGGUCUUUAGGUCCUGCUGCAUUGCUACCUAGCAAUGACCUAGAUAUGCACAUCUAACUGUUGCUCAAAGCAUUGUGGGUACUACUUUUUAGCUGUGCAUUGGGUGCAUCUUCCCACUAAAUCCAGUUCUCUCUCACUAUAGACUCUGCCAUUUUGUGUCAGUAUUUUAGCUUAGUUUGGCAUUGGUUUUGGUGGGGAAAGAUAAAUAUCGUGGCCUCUAACUCCAUGAUAUUUGAGCCUGCUUUCUUCUAGGAGAAGCCAAUUCUAGUUUGCAUAGGAUCAAGCACAUACCUCCUCUUCCCUAGAAGGUGCUUUUUGUUGCUUUUAGUCAAGACACUACAUCUACCGGGCUGAAAGAAGGUGGGCACUUUCAGGUGAGGGAGGAAGAGCAUUUCUUUUGAGACACAAACUGAGCGGACUCUAGAGUGGAAUCGCUUGCUCCAUUUCCCGUCUCUUUCAGCGCCCACUGUCUUUAAACUUGUGCAAUGUUCUGUGCUACACUACGUGCAAAGGAACCAAACAGAACUACCCCUUUCCCUGUGUGCCCCUUGGUGCGAUGGGGUGAGUGACCUGGGCAGGAGGGAGAGUUAUGCUGACCUGCAUUUGUACUUUGGUCCCCAACUGUGUAUAUACAAUUUUCUAUGUUUUUUUUUUUUUUGUUUUUUUUUUUUUGUGGUAACCAAGGAGAUGAAUAUUUUAAUUAGAUAAGUUAUAUGAAAAGAGAGGAAAAUCAUGUCUCAAUAAAAGCCAAACACUGGA